CGGUAUAGUUCAUAAGAUUUUCCAGAAGAUCUGACUCUCACACAUCGGGGGUUUCAACAUUUUGCUUCUUGCAAGACUUCAAUCAAAAGCAGAUCUAGACCUGGCUAAAGCAUUCCAGACCUAGCCUAAAGCGUUCCAGAGCACUCUAGAUUACCUUUCGAAUGUAAUUACACUGGCGGCAAAAGACUCCGGACUCGAAUGGAUGAGGAUGUGUCAGCAACUUGCUUCACAGUCACUAGUGGUGAAGCGCUCGGCGCUAGCGCUGAUGUGACUGUCUUAGCAACGAUCAGUAUACAUGUACACUUCCCUCGCAAUCUUGCAUUCUACCAAUACCAGCGUCUUCGCCUGGUUCAGCUCUUCUACUUGAUGCACCCUGCGUUCUUGAGAGCCCUCGUGGCAGACAAUGUAGAGGGGUGGCAAGAGGCCUUGCAGAGCUGUCCCCCCGGGCAUCCUGAUCGGUCUGAGUGUCUUGACGCUCUCGCGAAUAGCCUUGCGAACAGAUUCCAGCAGUGUGGCGUCCCGUCUGACCUCGAUGAGUCCAUUGAGCUCCAUCGUGCUGCACUGAAGCUCCGCCCCCCUGGUCAUUUUGAGCGCAUCACGUCUCUGAACAAUCUUGGCCUCAGCCUUCGAGACAGAUUCCAACAGCGGAGUGCCGCAUCUGACCUUGAUGAGGCUAUUGACCUCCAUCGGGCUGCACUACAACUUUAUCCCCGCGGUCAUUCUGAUCGAUCUAUGAGUUACAACAAUCUUGCCAUCAGCCUUCAAGACAGGUUCCAACAGCGGAGCGACCCGUCUGAUCUUCGUGAGGCCAUUAAGCUCCAUCGGGCUGCAUUACGCCUCCGUCCCCCCGACCAUUCUCUUCGAUGGACAUCUCUCCAAAAUCUUGGCAAUAGCCUUCGAGACAGGUUCCAAUGGCGGGAUGUCCCGUCUGACCUCGAUGAAGCCAUCGGGUACCAUCGGAAUGCACUAGAGCUCUGUCCCCCCGGUCAUUCUGGUAGAUGCUCGUCUCUCGUCCGUCUUGCCACCAGUCUUGCAGUCAGAUUCCGACAGCGGUGCAUCCUGUCUGACCUUGAUGAGAGCAUUGAGCUCCAUCGAAUGGCAGCGGAGCUCCCUCCCUCUAGACGUGAUGAGCGAUCCGCAUCUUUCGACAAUCUUGCCCUCAGCCUUCGAGACAGAUUCCACCAGCGGGGUGUCAUGUCUGACCUUGAUGAGGCCAUUGACCUCUAUAGGGCUGCACUCCUCCUUCGUCCCCCUGGUCAUUCUGACCGAUGCCGGUCUCUCAACAAUAUUGCCAUCUGCCUUCAAGACAGAUUUAAGCAGCAGGGCGUCCCGUCUGACCUUGACGAGUCCAUUGAGCUCCGCCAGGCAGUACUGGGGCUUUGUCCCCCUGGUUAUUUUGGUCGAUAUGAAUAUCUGAACAAUCUUGCCGCCAGCCUUCAGGACGGAUUUCACCAGCGGGGCAUCAUGUCUGACCUUGAUAAGGCUAUUAACUUCCAUCGGGCUGCACUACUCCUCUGUCCCUCUGGUCAUUCUGAUCGAUCUGCGUCUCUUGUCAAUCUUGCCACUAGCCUUAGAGUCAGGUUCCAGCAGCAGGGCGUCUCAUCUGACCUUGAUGAGGCAAUUGAGCUCCAGCAGGAGGCACUGGAGCUCUGUCCCCCGAUUCAUUCUGGUCGAUCCGCAAUUCUGAACAAUCUUGCCAUCAGCCUUUUUGACAGAUUUCACCAGCGGGGCAUCAUGUCUGACCUUGAUGAGGCCAUUAACCUCCAUCAGGCUGCACUACUCCUCUGUCCCUCUGGUCAUUCUGAACGAUCCACUGUCUCUCAACAAUUUCACCAGCGGGGCAUCAUGUCUGACCUUGAUGAGGCCAUUAGCCUCCAUCGUGCUGCACUUCCCCUUUGUCCACCUGGGCAUUCUGGUAGAUCCACAUGUCUCAAUGGUCUUGCAAAUAGCCUUCUGGGCAGGUUUGAACAGCAGGGCAUUCUGUCUGACCUUGACGAGGCUAUUGAGCACCAUAAAGCUGCACUACUCCUCCAUCCCCCUGGUCAUUCUGAUCGAUCUGCAUCUCUUAUCAAUCUUGCCACCAGCCUUGGAGUCAGGCUCCAGCAGCAGGGCGUCCCAUCUGACCUUAAUAAGACAAUUGAGCUCCAGCAGGGGGCACUGGAGCUCUGUCCCCCGAUUCAUUCUGGUCGAUCCACAAUUCUGAACAAUCUUGCCAUCAGCCUUUUGGACAGAUUUCACCAGCGGGGCAUCAUGUCUGACCUUGAUGAGACCAUUAACCUCCAUCAGGGCUGCACUACUACUCCGUCCCUCUGCCUUCAAGUCAGAUUCCAGCAGCAGGGUGUCUCAUCUGACCUUGAUGAGGCCAUCGAGCUCCAGCGGGCUGCGCUCCUCCUUCGUCCCCCUGGUCAUUCUGAUCGAUGCACAUCUCUCGACAAUCUUGCCCUCAGCCUUCAAGGCAGACACAUCCUGUCUGACAUUAAGGAGGCCAUUGAACUCCAUCAAGCUGCACUGGAGCUCCGUCCCCCAGGUCAUUCUGAUCGAUCCAUGUCUCUGAACAAUCUUGCCCUCAGCCUUCGGUACAGAUUACUGCUGAAGGAUACCCUGUGUGACCUUGAUGAGCCAAUCAAGCUCCAUCGGGCUGCACUACUCCUCCGUCCCCCUGGUCAUUCUCUGCGAUCCGUCUCUCUCUUCAAUCUUGCCAUCACCCUUCAGGACAGAUUUCACCAGCAGAGCAUCCUGUCGGACCUUGAUGAGGCCAUUGACCUCCAUCGGGCUGCGCUGGAACUCCGUCCCCCCUUUAAUUCUGAUCGAUCUGCGUCUCUCGACGAUCUUGCUCGCGCCCUUGUGGACAGAUUCCAGCAGCGGGGCGUCCUGUCCGACCAGGAUGAAGCUUUUGAGCUGUAUUUGCAACUCCCCCAACUACCACAUGCAGCAUAUCAUCGCAAUCUUAAUGCUGCCAAGUCAUGGGCAGACUCCGCUGAGAAGACGGCAUUGAAAUUCCUGGAUCACCAUGUCCUUCUUUUCUCAUCUUCUUCACUGUUCGUCAGUGGUGCUCUGAUGACUGCUGUGGAACUGGUGGAGCAAGGCCGUGCAGUAUUCUGGACCCAAUUGGCACGGUUCCGCACACCACUCGACGACCUUCACGCGUCAGAUCAUUCCUCGCAAAUCCGGCAACUAACCAUGCAAUGGGAUGAUGUCGUCUCACGCAUCCGCAACCUGCCCGACUUUUCUCAUUUCCUCCUACAUCCACUGUUCCCUGACCUCCAGAAGGCGGCAGAAGAUGGUCCAGUCAUCAUCGUCAAUGCUACGCACAAGAUCCUGUCCACGUUCCACUUGAUUAUCGCACGGGCUGAAGUCUCGAGUUGUCUUCCGAGUUUCAAGUCCCUCACAAAGGAAUUUGGUUCUUCUGAUCAUCGAUACAAGCUUAUCAGCAUCCUCCGCAAGAUUUGGAGCGAUGUUGUUGACCCUGUGGUCCAAACUCUUAGGGAGUUAAAUGUUCACCCUGGCUCACGUAUCUGGUGGUGUCCUACCGCUGAGUUCAUGCUGCUUCCGCUUCAUGCAGCAGGACCUUAUGAGAAGAAGGGAGAUGAUUUGUCGGGCAUUUACACCUCCUCUUACACCCCAACUUUAGCGACUCUUAUCCGGGCGAGACAGCAAAUCUCUCAAGAUGCGUCCAUGCAACAUUUUGUUGCCAUUGGUCAAGCGAUUCCGGAAAGAAUGAAGGAACUCCAAUAUGUUGCUUCUGAGGUAGCCGUCGUCACUCAGCGUCUUGCGUCCGUCGUCCCCUUCACAUCGCUCGAGGAUAGCGAUGCAACAGUCCAGGGUGCACUCAAUGCACUAAACGAGGCUCAGUGGCUCCACCUAGCCUGCCACGGAAUCCCGGAUCCAAUGCAACCAUUCAAUUCUUCCUUUGCGAUGCGCGAUGGGCCUUUGAUGAUCAAGGAUAUCAUCCGAUCUCACUGCCAAAAUCCAGAGUUUGCAUUCUUAUCGGCCUGCCACACUACCUCGGGCGAUGUAAUUAGUCACGACGAGUUGAUCCAUCUCGCUGCGGCUAUGCAAUUCUCCGGAUUUCGCAGUGUCAUUGGUUCUAUGUGGUCUGUCGACGGCAAGGUUGCACUGCAGAUCGUGUCUGCUUUUUACAGCAACAUGGUUGAUGAUUCAGGGAGAUUGGACUGCAAACGGGCUGCGGUAGCGUUGCACAAGGCUGUGAAGUCGUUGCGCAAGAAGAUUCCACUGGAACAGCAGAUCGUUAUUCCAUACCUUGUCGGCAUACUACAUGCUUACACUACAUCUAGAGAUCGUUCGACCGCUCUCGUUGACAGUCCAGACGAGCGGGCCUCAGAUUCUGGGAUGCCGAACAAUAUUCAUACCUCCCUCGACUGCAUGCCAUGCCCAAUGCUACCGACUCGAAAGUCGGGGCCAAUGGUGCUAGCACACAACUUUCCUGCCUGA